AUGUCGGCUCGCCAGGGCCAGGCGCCUGAGGUGCUGGUCCCCCAGGGCAAGAGGCAGGCGAAGAAGAAGGAGACCAAGGAAGAAAAGGCAGCGAGGUUGAGCAGCGCCGUCCAUGCCCUUAACACGAGCAUCGAUUUCCAGAAGGCGUGCAAUUCGAUGCGCAACAACCCGGAGGCCACUACGGCAGUGAAGACACACUUGAUGAGUCUUGGCAUGUGGAUCGAUGCGUUGCCCUCCGCCGUGAAAGUUGAGGAGGGCGAGUUGGCCGGUCCUAAACGCAGGAAGGUUGAGUUUGAUCUGGAAGUGGAAAUCCACACGAACUUUAAGCAAUGGAGCUCGGUGCCGCCGAGGACCAUCAAGAUCAUUCUGCAUUGCCUCGAGCCGAUCAGCUUGAACGAGCAGAUGCUCAAGACUCUCUGUGGCACAGGGCAGAGAGAACCACCUCGCGAUGAGCUCCUGAAGAUCCUGGAGUUCGUCACUGGGACCGACCCCUCAUCCGACGUCGGCGCCGAGCGGAAGUUGAAGGACAUCGUGGAACGCAUGAGUGCUCACAGCGAGCUCAAAGGUCGCAGGGGUAAAGAGCUUCAGCUGCCCGUCGAUUGGUCCAAAUAUGGCGUCUACCUCCUGCUCGUGGUUGACGGCGCGGUGAUGUUGAAAGGCAUGGGCAAGACGGUCCAGAUCUUCGAUUCCUACUUGAUGGGCGCCAAGCGCGACACCUUGUUCGUCGACAUGAACUUCAGCGAGGCUCGCGCCCAGGUCAGGUCUACCGCAGUGACCGUGCUCCAGCUCUCGUGCAUGAUGCUGCUAGGCAUUGGCAUGGCAACCAAGAUCGAGCAGGAGGACCAGCCGAAGCCGUCGCCGAACAAGUACUUGGACAUGGUGGGUGCCAGCCGAUUGCCUUCGUUCGUGGACGACUGCAUCGAUGAUGAACCUCCGCGUAACAGCAUGGCCCUGCCUGUUGGGCUCGCAGAGGACACCCAGGGCGCGCCGCGUGUCAUGGUGAAGGCCGAGAACCCGGCAGCCUCGACGUCGGCUUCGGCGUCUGGCGGUGGAGCGCCGCCGAUCAAGGUUUCGGCUCCUCGUGACGUGCGCCAUCUCGCAGUUCAGUCGCAUAGGAGGUCCGAGCAGGACUUCGCGCCCCCCAUUCCAGCCGUGGUCAAAGAGGAGCUUGAUGGCGCGGAGAGCCGUCCUGCCUAA